AUGGGCAAGUGGAGCAGGGAGGCUGUACCCGGGGUGGUGGAUGCUGGGGCAGGGGCUGGUGCUGAGCUCACCCCUGUCCUGAGGCACGAGCAGCAGGUGGAUGUGCUGGAACGCCUGGACUUUGUCCUGGGAAACAUCCUGGAGCUGAGGAGGGAGGUGGAGGAGCUGCGGAGCAGCCUGCAGGGCCUGGCUGCAGAGAUCGUGGGCCAAGUCAGGUCCCAUCUGGAGGAAACCCAGCGAGGGAGGCGCCGGAGGCAGUUCCCGUGUGCCAGGGAGAGGAGUGAUUCCACAGGCUCCAGCUCCAUUUAUUUCACAGCCAGCUCUGGAGCAGCCAACGGGGAUGAUGGGGAGAGUGAAGGAGGGUACAUGACGGCCAAUGCCGAGUCUGACUACGACCGGGACACCGAGAGGGAGAGCGAAGAGGGGGAAGAUGCCGUGAGCUCUGACGCGGUCGGGACCACGCGCCGGGGUUCCCUGCAGCUGGGCACUGAGGCUGAGCCACGUGUACCCUCGGAUUCCGGGCAGGAGGAAGGGCUGGGCCAGCUCCUGCAGCAGGCUGACCGCCUGCACUGCGGGGACGCGCAGGAGAAGAGGGAGGGGUUCCAGCUGCUCCUCAACAACAAGCUGGCGUAUGCAGAGCAGAAGGACUUCCUGUGGCGCCUGGCCCGGGCACACAGCGACAUGUGCGAGGUCACCGAGGACGCCGACGAGAAGAGGACGUACGCCCUGGAGGGGAAGGAAGAUCUGGAAGCUGCCUUACAGAAGUGGGAUCAGAGUGCUGAGUGCCAUCAGUGGUAUGCUGUGCUGUGUGGGCAGCUGGCGGAGCACGAGAGCAUCCAGAAGCGCAUCCAGACCGGGUACAUUUUUAAGGAACACGUCGAUAAAGCGAUUGAGCUGAAGCCAGAGGAUCCCAAGUCUCACUACCUGCUGGGCAGGUGGUGUUACGAGGUGUCCCACCUGGGCUGGCUUGAGAAGAGAACUGCUGCUGCCUUGUUUGAAACGCCCCCGAGCGCCACGGUGGAGGAUGCUCUGCAGAGCUUCCUGCGGGUUGAGGAGCUGAACCCAGGGUUUUCCAAAGCAGGGAGAGUCUACAUUGCCAAGUGUUACAGGGAGCUGGGGAACAACUCUGCAGCUGCUCUCUGGAUGAAUCUUGCCUCGGAGCUGCCAGCUGGUACCAGAGAGGAUGCAGAAAGUGAGAGGGAGCUCGAAGAGAUGCAGAGCAGCUUGGUGGAGUGA